AUGGCGGUCGACAGCAGACACGAAGAACUUGUUAGUUCAGAUUCCUUGACGGUUGACAACGGUCACGAUGGACUACAGGCUCUGGCACCCUGUAAUUUAAUGGAGGAGCUCAAUCACAUUCAACACUUCAUUGAGUUGACCAAGAAAAACAUAGAGGAACUUUUGGAUAAGUUUCAGAACAACACCAACCCAUCAUCAAUAUUCAUUGAGGAAUAUGAAGAGCUAACGGAGAAACUAAAUGAAUACCAGGUGCGGAAGCAGGACCUUCAAGAUCGCAUGAGCAAUGGCCGUGCCUCCCCAUCUCCAGUCCCUACCCCUCAAGAGGUCACCCCAACCACGCAAUAUCCACAUCAUCUCAAGAUAGUGUCCGAUAUCACAGAUGCGGAUGGUCUGCCUCCGAUACCCUUUCCUCUGAGACCUUUGGAGGGCGCUGUUCGAUCCGCUAUUGAUGAUGAUCAUUAUCCCUAUCAUGCAAAGGAGACGCCUAAGUCUCCACCUGUCAGCAUCUAUGUGCGAGUGUAUCUACCCUAUAAGCAGAGAACAUCAGUACUGUGUAAGCAAGGUACAACAUUACGAGAUGCCCUUGCAAAAGCUAUGAAGAUGAGAGAGUUGACGUCUGACAUGUGCAACGUCUACAAACGCAAUCCAAGGAAUCCAGUACCCUGGGAGACGGAUAUGAUGUACCUGGCCGGAGAGGAAAUAUGUGUAGAGAUCUCAGAACAGUGUCCUACUGCUAGGAGCAUAUCUCACAAUUUUGUAAGAAAGACCUUCUUCACGCUGGUGUUUUGUGACACCUGUCAUAAACUACUGUUCCACGGUUUCCGAUGUCAAACAUGUGGUUACAAGUUUCACCAGAGAUGUGCCAGCAAGGUACCAACGCUUUGUGUGGCAGAGAAUCUAUAUAAAAUGUUAUUAAUGAAGAAUGUUGAGGAUGAGAAUGCUGAUACAGACUUGGAUGAGCCCGAAUCACCGACGACGCCCAACUCCACAUCCGAUAUGCCCAAAGCUACACUACCAAGAGAACGCUCUACGUCAGCGCCUAAUGUUAGCUUCAAUGCAGUUAAUGCAAUCUCUGGCACAACCUUUGAGGAGUACAACAGUGAUACAAAGUUUGUCUUUAAAACCAACCCCACAGAUCUUGGAGCCAGACACACCCAGGCAGUAAGCCCUGCCGUGAGUGUGGUCCGGCCGCGCCAAAUAAGCAUCACGCCAACCAUUGUGAGCGCUGGGCGCGAUAAUGUCUUUGAUUACAGCCCAAGCAGUGCGCUACCUGCAAUGUCCAACCUAGCCUCCAGUCUACCCAACUCAGUGGUCCAUAGUCCAAAUAAAAUCAUCUCCAAUAGCCAAGCUUCACCAACACACCGAUGGAAGAACAGAGGCCCAACGAGCUCAACGAGCUCAGAUGAAAACAAGAUUAAGAAGACGGUUCCUGUUUUACAGAGACAAAGACGAGACUCCAACGAUGACUGGGAGAUCCCUACUGAGGAGAUCAUGAUGGGUCCAAGGAUUGGAUCAGGAUCAUUUGGAACUGUCUUUAAGGGACACUGGCAUGGCCCCGUGGCUGUCAAGAGAUUGAAUGUGACCGACCCUACAGCGUCACAGCUUCAGGCAUUUAAGAAUGAGGUUGCAGUGUUGAGGAAAACCAGGCACGCUAACAUCUUACUGUUCAUGGGUUGUACGUCUAAACCUCAGCUGUCUAUUGUAACUCAGUGGUGUGAGGGUUCUAGUCUGUAUAAGCAUCUACAUGUACAAGAGACAAAGUUUGAGAUGUAUAACCUGAUUAAUAUCGCUCGACAGACGGCACAGGGAAUGGAUUAUCUUCAUGCCAAGAAUAUCAUCCAUCGAGACAUGAAAUCAAACAACAUCUUCUUGCAUGAUGACCUGACAGUGAAGAUAGGAGACUUUGGUCUGGCUACGGUCAAAUCAAGAUGGAGUGGAUCCCAGCUAUGUGAACAACCGACAGGAUCUAUCUUAUGGAUGGCACCAGAGGUGAUCAGGAUGAAGGAUCCAAACCCAUACUCCUUUCAGUCCGAUGUUUAUGCGUUUGGUGUGGUGUUGUUUGAGUUGGUUAGUGGUCAACUGCCAUACUCUAACAUCAACAACAAAGAUCAGAUAAUCUGGAUGGUUGGGCGUGGCUACUUAUCCCCAGAACCCAGCAAGGCCAGAACAGACUCUCCUAAAGCACUCAAGAGACUCAUCACAGACUGCUGUAAGAUGAAUAGAGAGGAGAGACCACUCUUCCCUCAGAUCUUGGCAUCCUUGGAAGGUUUGGCUCGUCUUCUACCCAAGGUACAUCGCAGUCAUUCGGAACCCUCAAUGAACCGGGCACGCUUCCAGACAGAUGACUUCAUGUAUUGCCCAUCACCAAAAACACCAAUCAACAGCCAGUUUGGGGCAUUCACCUUCUUCACCGGGGGAGGUUUAUAAGAAGUCACAACUGAAUGUGUUUAUUUAGGAGACUGCCGGGGUGUCUUGACUUGGUUGCUACUGACCUGUACUGCACUGAGGUCAUUGAUCAAGAAGGGUUAACUUCGCGCAAUAUGUUUAACAAGUGGUUGUUUUGUGGCGAACAGUCCGUAGGCCAUGGGCACAGAGGUUUAAGUGUGAACGACUCUCGUCAUGUCAUCUCAGGACGACCGGCAACUUAACUCAUGUUAUCAUUUUGUUUUAACUGGUUCACUCUGCACUGUGCUUCGAAGCUGGCUAUUGGUAACCAGCGAUGCGACCAUGUUUGGUAGGUUGGUCCCAAAUAGUCAACUAGCAUAGACCAACUAUCGUUGACGAGACAGGGUUCUGGCAAACUUAGUUCAACUAUGAUCAAUAAUAGUCCUUGCGUGAACUUGGUCAAUACUGUCAGGUAUCUUGACUUGGAUGAUACACAGUAACUACCGACCUGUAAUGCACUGGCUAGAAAUCAUUUGUUUCCGUCAAGUCAUCUGCUCCAUAUCUGGUGAGCUGUUGGAAGCUUGAGAUUGAUAAUUAAACGAUUCAUAAGAUGAAGUGACAUACUUUGAUACUCUGUUUGAGCCUACAUAGGUAUACACACUGAUGAAGCCAGCCAUCUUUGAUUGUGACGAUGUCAACUUUCUGAUCGCAAACAGCAUUGUGUCUCCGUGUGACGAAGGUACUGGAAGGUAACAUGAAACUGAAGAUCCUUUUGGCCGCAUUUUUUUACCAGGAUCAAUUUGAGUUGAUGCAUGUUGGGGAAUAUAAACCCUUAUCUCAUAUGCAGUUGUGUGAAAUAUGCUACAAUGAAAGAAAGCUUCUUUGGCUUGUAACUGGAUACACAUAGUCAGUCGAUUCAUUGCUGGCAACAAGACGCACUACUUACCACCCCAUGGCUAGAUCUUAACAGCAUGCUGUUUUUAUGAGGUUUCCAACUGUUAUUUCAUGUUUAAAACAUGACAAGACAUCAGAAUUAUCAUUCAUUAUCUACCAGCAAAAACUGUUUCCGGUAACUUUGCCUGCUCACUAAAGUUUUAGCUAGGAUUUUGUGAAAGGGUGUCCAAAUUUGCUGGAAUUGAAAAAACUGGGUGUCCAAAUUAUUCACUUACACUUCAUUUACAUGUAAAUGACAGAUGAAACAGGCUGUCUAAAUUUAAAAUGGGGUGUCCAAAAGACACGCCUCUGGCUAACGCUGUGCCACACCCCUCUGUGUCUUUGGGUGCGUUUGAUUAGCUUCCCUGAGUCGACCCCGAUCUGCCCCUGGUACGUUCAAAUAGCUUGACGUCAUUCCAGCCGGGCCAGCCCCAAGUGUCCUGCUUGGGGCACAGGUCACUUUGGGGCUGGCCUGAGGUGCAUGAUGUCACCACAAGACGGUGAGUGAACUUUCGAUAAGCUCUUAUCAGUAACUCACCCGAAUGAGCACCGCGGGGUCGACACAGGGAAGCUAAUCGAACGCACCCUUUAUAAGCAUCCACAAUUGGAUUUUGAAAAUAGUUUUAAAAACAAACAAAUAAACAAACAAACACACAACAAUUUGUUGCUUUGGAAGCUGUGGCGCCCUCAUGUGGUAUCCUGAUGUCCAUUCAGAAGUCACAUUUGAACAAAUUUGAAGCGACCAAGUCUCCCCUUGUACGUGUAAAUUCAUCCAACUGCUAAGAUGGCCGUCUGUUGUGUAUUAUGACUGUACAUAUAACUGUUUAUCUUCUCAAUUUAAAUAUACUGUAAACCCUACAAAAGUCUCCUUGAUGUAACGGAGAGGUUGUAGUUACACCAACCACUAUUUUGUUUCCUUGUCAAGUACUUGGGCAGGUAUGUGCAUAUGGGAACUUAUACAUGUACACAACCCAAGUGUCUUGCCUUGUGUGCGGUUAUAAAUCCAAAUUAUGCAGACGAAAAGUGGGCCAAAGUGUGAAGGCGCUCUGCCUAUUUUGCAUGAUGUCAGUGUGAAGUUUAAAGCCUGUUUCUUACUUCCUGUGAAUGCAAAGUGAAUUUUGACGUCAUAUGGGUGUUUUCCCUACAAUUUUUUUGCUGGAGUUGAACACAGUUGAACACAGUUCAACUGUUGCAAAUUAUUCAGUGUGAAUUUGUGAUGUCCAAUUUUGUAAGAGAGCCCGUGCUAUGUUCAAUCUCGAGUCAAAAAUGAUGUUGCUAUGUGAAAAUGUUCUACAAUGGUGACAAUGUGAAACUGUCUAUUGAGAAUGGACAUGAAUUGUUCCCCAUACCAUGAUGUGCCAAGGCUCUUAAAACAACUGAUAUAUUUUCUAAGGAUGUAUCUUUACUGUUUCCACUUCUCCCCCCUUUGGCAUCCAUUAUAGCUUAUUUCACUUGCAUUGUGUGUAUUUUCUAUCUAAUUUUCAGUUAACCAGUAAAGCACCAAAGGUCAGUUUUUUAAACCUGACCCUCCCAUAUCCUCCACUAUAUAGCCCUGUUCACACUGAAUCUCUUAUCCCCCAUGGAAGACAUCCCUAGGGAAGCCCCAUGACUUGUUUUACCCCCAUGGCUACCCCGACGCACUUUCACAAUGUGGAGGCGCACUUCAACUGGGUCCGGGUUGUACAUUUCAAGAAUACCCCAGGGUUUUACCGCUGACCACUACUCCCCUAUCGUGGGUAAAGCGAAAAGAGUAAAAAGGCCGGCAAGCUUAUGCUAAAGUAACAUCAAAAGUUUGUGACUUGGAUAAGAUUUCAUCUGCGUAAUCCAAAGAUGAGCAAACAUACAGCUUUCUAAAGAGGAUUUUGGACUGUUGGGAAUAAAAUAAAAUAAAAAUGGAUUAUGAAUUCAGCAAAAACACAUGAUGUGUACUUAGUAUGUUAAAAUGAAACCAGGCAAAGUCUGAUAGAAAUUAUAGUUGUUGACCAAACAAAAUGUUAACUGUAACGAUGUGAAUGGUGGGCAUCUUUUUGGUGGAUUUUUUUGUUGUUGUACAUAACACUCUCUGUUUUGCCUUGGGUGUAUAAAACAAAAACAUGCCCCUUAUUUCACAACAGUAACCAGACGCUACCUAUGCAAUGAUAGGUGAAAAUGAUAAAAAGAGUGAAGUAGUCCGUCUUGGUGUUUUUUGCACUGCGGUCGGGGUUGUGAGCUCCAAUGCCAAUUGCAGAGAUAUUAAAAUGUAUCAUCAUUACUUAUUGAUGAUAGUUGUACAUUGUAUUUUUUGUUUGUGUUUUUAAAGGAUGGGCAUAGUGUCUUUGAUGUUGUAUUAUUUUUUUUAUAAUGUGCUACAGAAGACUGACAAGAUGUAACUUAUUAGUUUUACAGGUUUUUUUUUAUAAACCAAUAUUUGUUUAUGUUUUAUCAUCCUUGUAAUUGUAUUUUAAAUGAUUUUUAGGAAUAUUUGAAUCUUAAAAGAAAUCUUGACGUAAAUUAUUGAAUGUAAAGAAUAAUUUGAGAAUGACAUUAUGGGCUGGCACCCACCAUUAUUAUUGUACUGGUGUUGUUGAUAAAUCCACUAGAGCUAGCAACUAGACUCAACACUGCUUUUAUUGUCCAUGAACUCAUGAAUCGCAUUUGCUAAUAAUUAUUAAACAAAAUUUAAUGCAUACUGCCGGCUCAGUAUUUAGACGUAUACAUAAAUUGUGCUACAACUAACCUGUGUAUGCCUUUAUUAUUAACACAAUUGUACAGUUUCAGAGAUGAAAAAUUUCAUGAAUUGGUAUUUAUUUUAAGGGCUGGAGUACGUUAUUGUUUUUAAAGGAGCGUUUCAGAAUGUGACUAAAGUGUACCAGGGAAAAGAAAAUGAAUGAAGACUGAAUGAGCCUGGAUUAAAACACCUGGAUUAAAACAUCUACACUUUAGAACUAUAACUGUAGUUCACAUUUUGCAUUAUUACAGUUGUAAAUAUCAAUAGUCAAAUGCUAGAUGUGGUUGUUUGGUUUUUUGUGUUGACUUUUUUUCAUCCAAUAAUCUCGAGGCUUUGUUUAAUAAAAAAAAAUACAAAUCAACUAAAAAUACUUAAACAGUCGGGAAGGUAGUGAAUGGAUAGUCUACUUUUUCUUGAUGUUGGUAUCCUUUGCCGACAUUAUAGGUCUUUCCUUCUGACUUAUAUUUUUAUUUUAAAGUCCAUGUUUAAAUGUAAGUUGGAUCAUCAUUAAAGACUACUGUUGUAAAACAUGGUUGACAUUAACUUAAGAGGGCACCAGGGCAGUAUACUCCACUUCUGUAACAUACCUAGACCCAAUCCCAUAAAGCUGAUAAGCAGAAAACACUGCUUUGCAAAGUUCUUUGCUUGGCAAAAAUUGAGUUGGGCUCCAGUUGCAACAAUGUGAACAUUAUGUAAUGUUGGCUGGUACCCAUUUUCUGCUAAGCAAGCUUUGUCUGUGCUAAGCACAUUUUUGUGCUUGUAGGCUUUAUGAAAUUGGGCCCCAGUCAGUAUGUAAAUGAAGCAGGUUAGGAUUGUUCCAAUUAUGUGAGUUCUCAAAUAUGAAGUCUCUUAUCAAAGGAGUGGUUGGCCAAUCAAUCAUGCUGGUUGUAUUUUAUAGAUUUGGGGGGGGGGGG